AUGGCUUUCCUCCUCUCUGUGCUGGUGGCCACUCUGGCUACCGCCUCCCCCGUCCAGUUCGUCACCAAGCAGUCGCUUGCUGCCGUUCCCCAAGGAUGGGCUCUUCAGGCCGCUGCUCCCGCUGACCACUCCAUGGAUCUUCACAUCCGCCUCAAGGAGCAGAACAUGGACACUCUGCACCAGCGUCUCAUGGAGAUGAGCAACCCCGACCACCCCAGCUACGGCAAGCACAUGUCCAAGGCUGAGGUUGACGCUCUUACUGCUCCCACCAAGGAGCACGUCGAUGCCGUCACCCAGUGGCUGGCCUCGCACGGCGUCAACACGGGCAACGUCGACAACGGCCUCCUCAAGGUCACCGUCAGCGUCGACCAAGCUAAGAAGCUCCUCAACGCCGACUACGGCGUCUACAAGCAGGCCUCUACUGGCCGCGAGGCUGUCCGCACCACCAGCUACAGCCUGCCCCAGGGUGUCAGCGAUGCCAUCUCCAUGAUCCAGCCCACCACCAUGUUCACCGAUCUCGGCCUUGGCCAGAAGAAGGUGAAUGCAGUCGACCCCGCCACCGCUGCCAAGUACGCUCAGGGCUCUGCUGCGGCCCCUGCCUCUUGCGGCAACGGUGUUGUCACCCAGUGCCUCCGCGACAACUACAACAUCAAGGGCUACAACGCCUCCAGCUCUACCACCAUUGGUAUUGCUGGCUUCCUCGAGGAGGUCCCCAGCAUCACCGACCUGCACACCUACAUCCGCAAGUACGACUCCAACUUGCCCUCCAACAUUGACCUGCCCAUUGUCAGCGUCAACAACGGCAACACCAACGCUGGCGGCCAGGGCGAGGCUGAUCUGGAUGCCCAGAUUGUUGUCCCUCUUGUCUACCCCAUCAACGGCGUCUUCCAGUCCACUGGUGGCAGACCUCCAUGGAACGGCAACGGCGACAACACCAACGAGCCGUACCUUGACUGGCUCAACUACCUUCUUGGUCUUGACUCCCCUCCUUCCACUUUGUCCAUCUCCUAUGGCGAUGAUGAACCCACCGUUCCCACCGACUACGCCGACUCCGUCUGCGACCAGUUCAUGAAGCUUGGUGCUCGUGGUGUCAGCAUUCUCAGCGCUGCUGGUGACUCUGGUGCCGGUGCUAGCUCCUGCUCUACAUUCGCUCCCUCGUUCCCUGCCGCUUGCCCCUACGUUACCGUCGUUGGCGGAACCAACAAAUUUGGUGCUGACGAGCAGGCUGAUACCGACGGUGGCAGCGGUUUCUCCAACCACUUCUCUGCCCCUGACUACCAGACCGAUGCUGUCAACGGAUACAUUGCCAAGCUCAACGGCAAGUUUGACGGCUCUUACAACAAGUCUGGCCGUGCCUACCCCGAUGUCGCUGCUCUCUACAGAGUCUACCCCGUCUACCACGGCGGCCGCAGUGUCAGCCUCGUCGGCACCAGUGCCUCUACUCCUGCCACUGCUUCCGUCAUUGCUCUUCUCAACGACUACCUCAUCUCCAACGGCAAGCCUGGUCUCGGUUUCCUUAACCCCUGGCUCUACAAGACCGGCAACAAGGGUUUCCGUGAUAUUGCCAAGGGCCACAACAACGUCUGCGGCUUCCAGUCUGCUUUCCCUGCUGUUACUGGCUGGGAUGCUGCCACUGGUUGGGGUGUUCCCGACUUUGGCAAGCUCAAGGCUCUGCUGUAA